AUGAAAAUUACAUUAAAAUUAACAUUGAUUUUAAAUAUUUUCAUAUUGUUAUUGUCAUUUUGUAAGACUUUUAAUUUUUUUGUUUUAAUUAUUUUUGUUUUGGUUUUGUUUACAAUUUUGAAAAUAUCUUUUUUUUUUUCUUUUUUUUUUUAUUUUAAAGUCUUAUAA